AUGAACCAAAAUAAAAAUCGACUACGUCGUAAGUUUAUAGUUUUGUCGAAGGAAAUCCGCGACUUAAAAGAGACGACUGGGAUAGAUGCCACUGUCCUUGUCAUGACCAAGGACAAUAAACUCUAUUGUGUCAACGGGCAACAUCGCUUCCAAGACAUGCGAGCCAAUCUCUCUAAUUUGAACAUUUCUAAUGAUGAAAUUUGGGAAUCAGAUAGCGAAACCCUAGAUUCAAGGGUGGAUAAGGAUGGGAGUCAAUUUUCAUAUAACCGAUUGAUUGGGAUAAUGGGACAGAAGGAAGUUCUAGAAAAGGCUCUCGCUCUACCUCAUGUGGCACGAAAUAAGGCAUCUUUUGAUCCCACCACUGUCGAAGCUACAAGUGAUGGUGGCACUUCAAAUGUUGAUAGGGAUGGCAGUGCUACAGCGACUGUUUCUUGUGCCCAUGGAUCUGGAUUAGGACGAAGUCGAGUGAGGCGUGCUUGUUAG